AUGCCCGGCACCAUGGUGGAUGGGCCAACAGUGUCGAUGUCGUUUGCCAACAACUUCUGGGGCAAAGACGACGCCGGUGUGAUCCCUUUAUUGGAACGCAUGCACAAUGCUAAAAUUACGUGUGAUGAAAUAAAAGCCUUCUACAAUACUCGCGCCGCAAUUGAGGAUGAAUACGCACGAAAAUUGCUCGCACUUUGCCGCAAGUCACUUGGUUCUAGCGAGACUGGUACCUUACGUGUAUCACUGGAUGUCGUCCGUGGCGAGACAGAAGCCAUUGCAAAGGCACAUGCCGCUAUAUCACAGCAGAUGAAAGGUGAACUGGAAGAGCCCCUAGCAGCGUUUGCCGGUGGUAUGAAAGAACGACGAAAAAUAGUCCAGAAUGGCAUUGAGAGACUACUCAAAAUUAAAAAUCAGCAGACACAUACAGUUAAUAAGACAAGAGACAGAUUCGAGCAAGAUUGCCUGAGAAUUAAGGGUUACUUGGCUCAAGGCCACAUGGUCAUGGGACAAGAAGAGCGGAAGAAUAAAGCCAAACUUGAAAAGACACAAAUUCAACUUGCCUCUAAUAGUAACGAGUACGAGGCAGCAGUGAAGUUGCUUCAAGAGACGACUGGCCGCUGGAAUAAAGAGUGGAAGUCUGCCUGUGACAAAUUCCAAGAUCUUGAAGAAGAAAGACUUGAUUUCACAAAGAGCAGCCUGUGGGCUUAUGCAAACAUUGCCUCGACUGUAUGCGUCAGCGACGAUGCGGCUUGUGAAAAGAUUCGGGUUUCAUUGGAGAAUUGUGAAGUAGAGAAGGACAUUGGCAGUUUUAUCAAAGAACGCGGGACCGGACAAGAAAUACCAGAUGCACCCAGAUUCAUCAAUUUUUGCCGUGGAGACAUUAAUGACGCCAGCUCAGAAGCUUCGGACGACGACAAUUAUUCUGUUGCACAGUUUCAAAGAGCAAUAAAUCCUGCCUUCCGGAGCUCCUCACCCCAACCAUCAACCUACGAAUCCCAUCAUGAUCCUAGCUCAGAACUAGCUGCCGAGAUGGGCCUUCCCAGUGUUUCAGCACCAGAAUCUAGAGAGAAUACGGCAACUGCUCAGAAAUCUAGCUCUCACCCAAUGCCGUCACAAAGUCAGCCCGUUCAGCCCGCUCAACCUGCUCAGCCUGUUCAGCCUGUUCAGCCUGUUCACCCUUCUCCUCUGGAUGUUCGACGUGGCAGUCAGGUGCCGCCGAAUUACAAUCCAAGCCAGCAUGGUGAAAUCGGAAAUGUCCCUCAUAACUCCUACCCGACAGACGGGAUGACAAUGUUUUGUCGCACUGGACCUCCUUCUGAGCGCAGCUCCGCGGGGAGCGUAUAUCGGCCUUCGAGCCGAGAGGACAGUCAAAGUGACAUCUCGAAUCCUACUUCAUUCUCUAGCCAAGAGCCUCUUAGCGGCAAGCAAUCUCCAACAAAACCGACCAAUGGCGUUUCGUUGCCGGGAAUGACUCCAGAGAAGCAAAUUCAGAAGAAACGAAGCGCUUUCUUCAGUAACAGCCCCUUCCGUCGUAAGAGUCGCCACGACAAAGACCGUCAAUCUCGGUCCUACUCUCGCAGUCCGACAAAGCCAACGUACAAGCAGCCAUCGCCCGAAGACCCUCGUUCUGCCAGUCCGGAACCGGUAGACCCUCGUGCUAACUUCCAGCUCAAUGUUGGAAACAAUGUAUUCGAUGUGGCUUCACCAGACAAGAAGCCAGCUCAGGCAUCGAAGCCAGCAGAAGAUGAUCUUGACCCGAUUGCUAGAGCACUUGCUGACCUUAAAGGGGUGGGGAAGCCUUCUGUAGGUCGGGUCUCGGCGGACCGCUAUCAUGGCAUAGCAACUCCAGUACCAUCGGCUUCAAGUUCUGCGUAUGGAAAUGCUGGCACCGCAGAUGCACCACCUCCCUCUUACAAUGAACCUCCUGCAAAGCGACUUGACGCACCACAGCCAGCAUUCACGGCAGCUCAAAUGCAAAAGACAACUCAGAAAUACGUUGGCAAAACUCAAAAUAUGUUCGGAGCAUCCAAUAAUCCUCAGCGAACACCCACAAGAGCUCAAGCCCCAGUGCAAGACGUGCCACGGGCUCGAUCUCCGGCUCCAACACUCAGAAGAAGCGCCAGUCCUCAACCUUCACCAAUAAAUACGCGUGUCAGCCAAUACAAUAGUGGAGGUGGAGCCCCCAGAGGGGGUUCAGCGCAUAGCCCAACUCCUUAUCAGGCAAAGACAUACAGCGUUCGGAGCACCCAAUCUCCUUCUUCUAAUACUCGACCUGGUAGCGACCGCGGAUACUCUCCACAGCAAUACUCUCGACAUGCAUCUCCUGUUGAAGCUGCUCGUCCAGUGUCACCACGCCCCGCAUUUACGCCGCAGCAAUACUCUCGACAUGCAUCUCCUGUUGAAGCUGCUCGUCCAGUGUCACCACGCCCAGCAUUUACGCAGCAGCAGUACUCUCGACAUGCAUCUCCUGUUGAAGCUGCUCGCCCAGUAUCGCCCCGCCCUUCAUUUGCGCAGCAGAAUCGGCCCGCAAGUGCUAAUGGAAUGGAACUCCAGCUCUCCGGGGGCCAAGUAGAAUCCUACAGAGGCGGUUACGAUACAUAUGGUGGUAGUGGACGAGAAAACAACGGCCGACCCCAGUCCGUGUAUUACGGCAACGGUCCAGACCCUGUUUCGCGAUCUCGCAGCAAGAGCAUUGCUGUUGCUGAACCAGUUCGACCAUACAGCCGCGAUGGUCGUCCCAUAUUGCAUUAUGCACGUGCCUUGUACAGCUACACGGCCGCUAUUCCCGAGGAGCUCGGGUUCUCCAAGGGGGACAUCCUUGCAGUUUUGCGAUUGCAAGAUGAUGGAUGGUGGGAAGCAGAGGUUACUACAGGGCGCGGCCAUCCUGGCUUGGUUCCUAGCAACUAUUUACAGAGUAUCUGA